AUGGCCAAUAGUGAAAGUGAAAGAGUACUUUCAUAUACAAGGUUAUAUCCUGAUGAAUCUCCUAUGAUAAUGAAUCGACAUAUGCCCACAUCUCAAGGUUCAAGUUCUCAUAUUGCAGCCCCUAUUGCAGCUCCUUCAGAACAUUAUGUUAGAAGAAGAAAUGUUUCCAAUGAAAGAACUGAACUUCCCUUGGAUGAUAUUGGAUUUUUUGCUCUAGUAACUUUUAGUUGGAUGGCAGUUUUUAUAAAAAAAUCUCUUCCCAGCGAGUCUUUGACAACUGCCAAAUUAGAUUCUUCUAAUUUGAAUGGACAAAGACUGAAAGAUUUUCUUCGGGAUGAAAAUGUCAGAAGAGGGCAAACCAACGCAAGGAUGAUGAGAACUGCAUGGCGAUUUGUGCAAACAAGAAUAAUAGUUUCUUCUAUUAUAUAUACAUUAGGUAGUGCAAUGUAUAUAAUUGGGUUGGUCUUUUUUCUUUCGUGGUUUCGCCAAACCCAUGAAAUUCAUUUUUUGCUAGUUUUGGUGUUGAUGUGCAGUUCUGCAUUGCUGUUACAGUUCUGGAGUGAGAGUAUGACUUUCAGAACUGCAAACAGACUCCAGUCAGCAUUUAUGUCUGUUAUGUAUAAACAUUUGCUUCGAAUAUCAAUAUUGCAUCCUGUCUCUGCUCAUCGGAUAGUCACAGCUAUGGCAGCAGACAGCCAGAGGGUUCAUGAUGCAGUAAUGUGCUUGCCUGUAUUACUGUCCACUCCUGUUAUACUUAUGUUGCCUAUUCCAAUGUUAUUAUUGAAAAUAGAUUGUGAUGUUAGAAGGGAAGACUUUUAUCUUUUAGCACGGCUUAGUAAUGUGUGGAAGUCUCGUAUGUCAAUAUAUACCAGUAAACGUUUAAUAUCCUUGCAAGAAUUACUUCUUCAUAUACCACUGGUUAAAAUGACACUGAGGGAAAAGCUUUUUCACAGAAAUGCUGAAGAUCUUAGAGAAAAAGAAUGCCAGUACAUGAAAAAAGUUAACCUAUGUGAUGGAUUUACUGUUUCGUUUCUACAUAUUGUACCACUCGUGGUAGUUAUUCUUCUUUGGUAUCAGAGAGAAGAUAUAACUCUGAAAGAGGAUGUAACUGUACGCCGGAACUGUAACGCUGAUCGUGUGCUAGUAUUAGAAUGUCUUAUGAAAAGAACAUCAAGAAAACCUAUCAACCAUCUGAUUGCAUUAUCAGCAAUUGAAGCUACUUAUGUCAUUCGAAAGCCAAGUACUAGAGGUGUUAAAAGACAAUCAAGAAGAUGUGACUGUUGCAGGUGUACAUGCGUAUGUGGACAUCGUGAAAUUGAUGAUGUGGAAAUGCAAGCUAAAACUGUCCUGAAGGAAAUUAAUUUUGAAGCUCCUAAGGAGAGAUUAAUUGGAAUAUGUGGUGACACAUCUUCUGGUAAAACAGCUUUGAUAUGGGCACUUUUAGGUCAAAUUAAUCCUGUGUAUGGAAGUGACAAGUUACUACGAGAUGGUACUUAUGCAUAUGUGGGUCAAAAUCCAUGGAUUAUGGAGGCUACUCUACGUGAAAAUGUUCUUUUCAAUGAACCAUUUAUUCAUAAAAGGUAUUAUCAUGUCAUUCAUUGUUGUUCUUUAAAUGAUGAUAUUGGACAAUUGUCUGGUGGAGAUCAGACUUUGAUCUCAGAGUCUACAUUAACUCUUGGACAGAAGCAACGUAUAGCUUUAGCAAGAGCUCUCUAUGCCAACAGGCAAUUCUUGAAACUCUGUGAUGAAAUAUUUGUCCUUAAAGAUGCUGCAAUUAUAGAGCAUGGAACUCAUGAUUGUCUAAUGGAAAUGGACUUAUAUCCUCUCCUCAUUAAGUCUUAUCUUCAAGAAGAAAGUAACAAAAAUAUAGAGGAUGAAAAGUCAUACAAUGCAAGUUUUGGUACAAUAAAAUCACAAAAUGGGAGAGAAACACCAAAUCUAGCAGAAAGUGUUGUCAGAAUUCCAGACAGUAUGGAAGAUGAGAUAGAACAAGAAUCUGUAGCUAUGGUUGCAAAAUAUAACAAUUCUAUGGGUUUCUACAAAACAUUGGCCCUCGAAACAAAAUCUUCAGUUCCUUUACUUACUAGCUUGAUUUUCACAUUAAUUUGCGUUUUAUGUGCUUUGACGGUAAUAAUUUCUCCUGUCAUUAUUUUGGAAUGUUUAACAGAGAACUCAACAAGGUAUGUUAUUGCUCUGGCUUUUUUCUUCAUAAUUUUAGUAUCAAGAACUGUGGGGACAGUGCUCUUUGACCAGGUUACUUAUAAAAUUUCUUUACAAGUUCAUCAGUCAUGGAUUGAAAGUAUUUGCAAAGGCUGUUUAAAUAUUUUCCAGAAUGCAUCCCAUUCUGAAAUUUUACGAUGGUUUUCCCUACAUCUUUCAGAAAUUGAUACAUCUCUACCAUCAAAUUCAAUAUUGCUUGUGGAGAAUUUAUUUUUAGUUCUUUUGCUGAUCUGUGUGCUGAGUAUAUGUUCACUAUGGUUUCUUAUUCCAAUAAUUGCAAUUUGUGUAUUUAGUCAUUUCCUGCUUCGUUUUACAAAUUCUGCUCUUCUAAAAUUCUACCAUCGAGCUGAAGAAGCUUGUUUACGUUUAAAUGGCUUUGUUGCUUCUACAGUUAUGGGUAGAGUCACCAUACAAGCAUUUGGGAAAGAACAAGAUUAUUGGACUGUCUUUCAUAAUCAAUGUGAUACUUUCUUGGCUUAUUCACAAUUGAAUCAAGCUGCCUGUCUAUGGCUACGAUUCUGGAUUCAGUUUGCAUCUUUUCCUCUUUUAACAUUUUUAUUGUGA